AUGUUCUUCGACGGCAUUGGUAUCGACCUUCACUUCAUUCACGAGCAGCUCGGCACACCUCCGCAGGCAGCUCAGACCUUUGGCGCCUUCCACCAUGCUGGACGGCGAACGCGCCCGGACGCCAAGGCCAUGGUCGCUGCCUUCCUACUCAACGAAACGGACCAAAGCAUGGAGAGGUACGCGUACCCGUAUGCUACUUCUGUCAACAGCAACGCUUCCUCGAGCUACAGCGACGGUGCGGACCACAAGGAGCUCGUAACUCUCAACGCCCAUCACACGUGUGAUCAGGCGACCUUCCUGGCCCGCAUCUGGCGAUCGGACACCGUCCUCGGCACUAGCGGGACGAAAGAAGACGACAGGGUUUCGGUCAAGAUUCUCCAGAACGUCCCUGGACAGGAAUCUGUGGUCCUACACGAAGCUGGACCUUUCGCAUUUCCUGCCAACAAGAAGUCCCUCUGGAUCGACACUGGUUCCACUGCCGCGUACAUGAAAUACGACAUCUGCGUUGAAGUCGAACGACCCGGCAAAACGCAAACGAUCAAGGCCACGUAUGUACAUCAACGUCAGUCCAACUUUGUCGCUGCGUUCCCUGGUGUACGCGUCGACCAGGUGGGCUACGUGCCAUCACUUCAUCCACGUGUCGUCGUUCCUGGCUCCGAGGACGAAUUCGAGCUCUGCAAGCACAUCGAGGCGCACAUCGGAGGCACCAGUGCCAAUCCUACUGUUGUAGAGGUCGGUGCCACUCGAUCUCAGAAGAAUGAUGGCGCUACCCGGGUCCCCGCUUCUGCCUCUAUCUCGCAGACGACCUCGCCCGCCUUGAGCGAGCUUCCGAUGCCGCCACAUGCUUUCAAGACUCUGAUUGGAUCUCCUCCGGCCGGCAGUCAAUCGACAGAACAAGCUCCCACGCCCUCGGCUUCUUCGCCAGCAGAGGCCGACGUGACCGCUCAGCAUGCGAACGUUCCUCAGCCCAGCCAACCGUCUCCUGCCUUGCCCUACCUAUCCUGGCAAAGGAUCCGUGGAGCCGCGGCUUCGGCCAUGGCACCCAUACUCCCGAGCACCUCUCCCGGUCUGGCUUCGGCUGUGCUCCCUCCGUCGUCCCAGAUGUCUGCACAGAGCAUCAGCCGAGACCAAGCGUCGACCAUGGACACUUCCGCAGUUGGAUCCUCGUUCGGUCUCCAGCCUCCUCUCCAAUCGCAGGGUGCCGCAGAAGCCAACGGAUCAGAGACUCAGUCGGUGGAUGGGGCCGCUCAGGUGGCUCGAUUCAUCGUCGAAAUGUCCGACAUACUCCAGGAGGCUGCAGACGACUUGGGUUGUGGAGCAGAUUCUCAGCAGCGUGGCGAUGUUAGCGCCAAGGAUCAAGCUAUGCAGACGGAUGCAGCUCCACAGAAUGCAGGCAUAACCGGCGUGAGCUACGUCCAGGGCUCGGAUGUCAACAUGGCAAGCGCAGAGGCAGGAACUUCGUUGUCGUCCAAUGGGCCCCUUCUGCUGCCUGCUGGCUCUGGUCAGCCGUCCGGCAGUCACACGAAGCCCGCUACCGAUCCUGCGAUGGAUGUCGACAUGGAAGAUGGAGAGCGAGUCAGUCUGCCUCAGGGUCCCAGUGUCGCCAACGACGUCUGCGCCGACCUCAAUCCAUCCGGUGGAUCCGCGAACAUGGCAGCCAGCCAAGCUUCGGGCACACAGACCGGCGUACCUUCCGCUCCCGACAACGACGAUCGCGACCUCAACGGUCAAGCCACCGGAAUGACUGACGCGGUUCCGCUCAACGACAACGCAGGGAACAGCUCGACUGGACAGAUAGUCGUUCCACCUUCGACGGACUCUGAUGUGCCACUGGCCCAGCUGCACGCAAACCAGUUUGCAUGCAACGGCUCCGUGGCCGGAUCGAUGAUUCAGUCCGGCCGUCGAGGCUCACUUCGCGCGAGUGCCAGCGUGACUAGCAGUCAAGUUGCUCGCCGACGAACUGUAGCGCGCCGAAUUCCCGCCUCGGUUGCCGCUUCCGUUCGAUCUUCAUCGAUGGCAUCCACGAUCUCAGAUGCAGUACUGUGCAGAAUCCCACCCGAGCGAAAGAGAGAGAUCGGCGAAUACUUGACCAAACUGAUCGAAGAUGACAAGCGCCCUGACAAGGAGAAGAUGCAUAAGCUUGGAGAACAACUAGACACAGCGGAUCGCACUUUGGAGACGGCCACGCAAAACUACAUUCGGCUCAAGACGCUCAACAGCACGGAGCAAGAGAGGACGAAGAAUGCGCUCAAGCUCAAGCGCGAGGCAGCAAAUCUGGUUCGGAGCGCUUACGGCAUGCAGAUCGAUGAUUUCAGAGCCAUUCGAGGCGGGGGAUCGCGCAUCGGCAGCGAUCGAGCACGCAGCAGAAGCCGCACGGUGGAGAGGGAGUCGGAACCUGUCUUCCUGGGGAUCAAUAGGUCGCGGGCGACUUCGCGAGCACCUUCGGAAGUGCCACCCCACCUCUUCACCCGAGAACGUCUCAGUCCAGCUCCCGGAGAGCUCGCCAGAGGUGCUGGCUCAGUUGCAGGCGGAGUCGGGCCGGCUAGGAGCCGUGAUACCUCCGUGGCCCGCAGCAACCGAAGCACCACGCCAGCGCUUGUGGCGACUUGCAAGCCCGGCAACUUCGCAGAUCUACUGCAGAACCCGCCAAAGGCGAUCAAGCGUUUAAAGAGCGUCAUGAACGGCUAUGCGGGGUCGGCGACCAGCCAGACAUCUACUGUGCGAGCCCAGUCCCUGAUGAAUCUCGAUGAAGACGAAGCGAACGUGAUCCCUAAGGGUACUUUCGUGACUGGAUGGCUGUCCAGGCACACCGGUUCACGUACGGUCAGUCGGGCCGGCACUCCGGGCUCUGCGUUUGGGCCCAUGGCACCACCUGCCGCUCUCCGAAAGUCGUUCUCCAAUGUCGACACUCCAAUCGAGAUCGAGGACGACGAUGCCACCGUCCGUGCCGACAACAGCGCCAUUCGCCAGGGCAAGCAGCGCGAGCGAUCGCGCGCCGGCUCAGUCGUUAGCCAGGUCAGCAACAUAAGCGCGCGCCAACAGCGCGCCGAGCCCAAGCAGAUGUCUCUCACCCUUGGCGUCAUGGAUGGCAGCGACCCUUCUGCUCCUAUCACUAUCGAGGACAACGACGCUGAGGCUAUGCAGCAGAUCUAA